AUGGCGGGAGGCCCCGCCCCCCGGCGCGCCGGAUUGGCCGCGCUCCUCCCCCUGAGGAGCGAGGGACACCCCGCCCCGCCGCGCUGCGCUUUUGCUGGGCGCGGACUCUUCAACAUCGGCAGUGCGAGCCGCGCCGGGUGCCGGGCCGCGCGAGCUGGAGGCGGCGGUGGCGGCGCCGCUGCGGAGAACCUGCCGGGUGCAGAGGCAAGCGCGGGGCUCCGCGGGGCACAGCCGGGCGGGCUGCGGGGCGCGGCGAGGCGCGGCGAGGCGGUGGAGGCACGGCGAGGCCGGGCGGCGGUUGGUUCCCGCGGCGGGAGUGGCGGGUGCGCAUGCGCGGAGUGGGGGCGGGGUGGUAACGGUCCGUGCGCGCGGCGGGGCGGAGCCGGUGGCGCUGAGGCGGGGGCGGGGCCCGCGCGGGAGGGGGCGGGGCUACCCACGCCCGCCACGAGUGUCGCACCCGGGAUUUAA